AUGGCCAGCACCACCAGCCUCCGGACGCUCGGCCGGGCCCUCGCCCGUCCGUCCCGCCAGUUGCGAUGCUCCCCGUCCGCCUCCUGCCGCUCUAGCCUCACCGCCGCCGCCGUGCCCUCAAUGGUGCAGACGCGGCUGCACUCGUCCUCUAAACACCCCAAGGGCUUCGAACCCCCCUCCUCCGAGGAGCUCGACGAGCUGCGCGAGCGCGUGCAAGAGUUCACGCGCCGCGAGAUCAGCGAGGAGGUGGCCGCGCACACGGACCGCAGCAACGCCUUCCCCAACGACAUGUGGCCCAAGCUCGGCGAGGCAGGGCUCCUGGGCAUCACGGCCGACGAGGACGUCGGCGGCCUGGGCAUGGGCUACCAGGCGCACUGCGUCGUCAUGGAGGAGAUGUCGCGCGCGUCCGGGUCCAUCGGCCUGAGCUACGCCGCGCACUCGCAGCUCUGCGUCAACCAGCUGCAGCUCAACGGCUCGGCCGAGCAAAAGGCCAAGUACCUGCCGGGCUUGAUCGCGGGCACCAGCAUCGGCGGGCUCGCCAUGUCCGAGUCCGGGUCCGGUAGCGACGUCGUCAGCAUGCGCUCCACGGCGAAGCCCGUCGACGGCGGCUACCUCAUCAACGGGUCCAAGAUGUGGAUCACCAACGGGCCCGACGCCGACGUCAUCGUCGUCUACGCAAAGACGGAGCCCGACCGCGCCUCCAAGGGCAUCACGGCCUUCAUCGUCGAGACCAAGACCGAGGGCUUCAGCUGCGCCCGCAAGCUCGACAAGAUGGGCAUGCGCGGCAGCAACACGGGCGAGCUCAUGUUCGACAACGUCUUCGUCCCCAGCGAAAACGUCCUCGGCGCCGUCAACGGCGGCGUGCGCGUCCUCAUGGAGGGGCUCGACCUCGAGCGCCUCGUCCUGUCCGCGGGGCCCCUCGGCCUCAUGCAGGCCGCCCUCGACGUCGCCGCCCCCUUCACCCACCAGCGCAAGCAGUUCGGCCAGCCCAUCGCCCACAACCAGCUCGUCCAGGGCAAGCUGGCCGACAUGUACACCAAGCUGCAGGCCUCGCGCGCCUACACCUACGACACGGCCCGCAAGGUCGACGAGCGCGGCCUCAUCCGCACCCAGGACUGCGCCGGCGCCAUCCUCUACGCCGCCGAGCGCGCCACCGAGUGCGCCCUCGACUGCAUCCAGCUGCUGGGCGGCAUGGGCUACGUCGAGGAGAUGCCGGCGUCGCGCCUGUUGCGAGACGCCAAACUGUAUGAGAUCGGUGCCGGCACGUCCGAGAUUCGACGCAUGGUCAUCGGCCGCGCGUUCAACAAGGAGUAUGCCAACGCGUAG